AUGGAAGCUCUGCCUGAUGUAGCUGUUUUGGCCACUCGACUUAAAAAUACUCUUAUCCAGUACCACAACCUUGAAGAUGAAAAGUGGCGAGUUGCUAAGAAGACGAAAGAUGUAACAAUUUGGAGGAAACCUUCAGAAGAAUUUAAUGGAUAUCUUUUCAAAGCCCAAGGUGUGAUAGACGAUGUUGCCAACAGUGUAAUAGACCACAUACGCCCAGGCCCCUGCCGCUUGGAUUGGGACAGCUUAAUGGUCUCUUUGGAUAUUUUGGAGCACUUCGAGGAGAAUUGCUGUGUUAUGCGUUAUACAACUGCGGGUCAGCUUUGGAAUAUAAUCUCCCCAAGAGAGUUUGUUGACUUCUCCUAUACUGCGGACUAUAAAGAAGGGCUUUUAUCCUGUGGGAUAAGUCUUGACUGGAGUGAAAAGAGAUCUGAAUUUGUUCGUGGAUAUAACCAUCCCUGUGGUUGGUUUUGUGUUCCUCUUAAAGAGAGUCCAAGCCGGAGUCUUUUGACAGGCUAUAUUCAGACAGAGCUGCGUGGAAUGAUUCCCCAGUCUGCAGUAGAUACAGCUAUGGCAAGCACUUUAAUCAACUUCUAUGGUGAUUUACAAAGAGCCCUAAAAAAGGUAUAA